UGUGACUAGCAGAACACGUCUACGCACUAUGAAAACAACAAUACUUUUAAGUUUAUUUGCAACAUUCUGCAGCGCUUUAGUGCAGCGUGACAGACGCUUCCCUGAUGAUUUCCUGUUUGGAACUGCGACUUCUGCAUACCAAAUAGAAGGAGGAUGGAAUGUUGACGAUAAAGGAGAAAAUAUUUGGGACCGCAUGAUGCAUACAAACCCCGACGCCAUAACAGAUAGAAGCAACGGAGAUGUCGCGGCCGACACCUAUAACAACUACAAGCGCGACGUGGAGAUGAUGCGAGAGCUCGGCCUUGACGCGUACAGAUUCUCACUCUCUUGGUCCAGGAUCCUGCCCAAUGGCCUUGCCAACAAAGUCAGCGACGCGGGCGUCGCUUUCUACAACAAUUAUAUCAACGAGAUGGUGAAAUACAACAUCACGCCGAUGGCCACGUUGUACCAUUGGGACUUGCCCCAGAAACUGCAAGACCUCGGAGGAUUUGCAAGUCCACUUUUCCCUGAAUGGUUCGAGAACUACGCAAAGGUUGCUUUCGCACAAUUCGGUGACAGAGUCAAGCACUGGAUCACAUUCAAUGAGCCGAGGGAAAUUUGCUACGAAGGUUAUGGGCAUUUUACCAAAGCACCCAUACUAAAUGUCACAGAUGUGGGAACUUAUUACUGUGCGAAGCAUCUAGUAAUGGCCCAUGCGAAGGCCUAUCACGCAUAUAACGAUAUUUUCAAGCCUACACAGGGCGGCGUGUGCGGCAUCACGAUCAGUGUCAACUGGUUGGGGCCUUUGACUGAUUCGGAAGAAGAUUUUUUCGCAGCAGAAAUUAGAAGGCAAGCGGAAUGGGGAUUAUAUGCCGAACCAAUCUUCUCUGAAAAAGGAGGCUUUCCUCAAGAACUAUCUAAAAUAGUUGCAAGAAAGAGCGCAGAACAGGGUUACCCCACAUCCAGAAUGCCCGCAUUCACUGAAGAAGAGAGAAAAUACGUAAGAGGAGCGUCAGAUUUCUUCGGAGUCAACCAUUACACUGCCUUCCUUAUUUCUGCCAAUGAAUAUAAAGUAAACUGGCCGGUACCUUCAGUAUUUGCUGAUGUCGACGCUGGUCUUACUAUGUUACCAGAGUGGGAAAAGGCAGUUUCUGUUUGGUUAAGACGCGCGCCGCACAGCAUCUACAAAGCGCUGAUGCACCUGCACAAAAAGUACAACGGGCCCAUAUUCUACAUAACUGAGAACGGCUGGUCGCAGAUCCCAGAGGAUGGUUGUGAAGACGAUGCCCGAAUCAGAUAUUACCGUGCGGCCCUCAACAGCGUGCUGGAUUGCCUGGACGCCGGCGUUGAUUUGAGGGGAUACAUGGCGUGGAGUCUCAUGGACAACUUGGAAUGGAUGGAAGGAUACACUGAACGGUUCGGUCUGUACGAAGUGGACUUCGCUAGUCCUAAAAAGACGCGCACGCCGAGGAAGUCCGCCUUCGUGUACAAGCACAUCAUCAGCACGCGCACCAUUGACCCGGACUACGAGCCCCACACACGGACCAUGUGGAUCGACGAGGGACACUGAGCAGAUAUUUUGUCUGUCUGUCUGUCUGUCCGUGUUUUUUUGUUAUUCGGUUAUAAUGUACAGAAUGCACAAAAUAUACAGAAUUCAUAUUAUUAGUAUAGAUUCUAGAUGGCGCUGUCUUCCGUUAUGCCACGUUAACCUUUGUCGUUACAAAUGGUAUAAGUUAAAUCCCAAAUUGCGAUUUAAUGUAUAGAAUUCGAUCAGUUUUAUUAUAAGUAUAGAUAGAUAUAGAUAUAGAGAUUAAUAAGUAUAAGUAUAGAUUUAGAUAAUAAUGUAAAUCGUUUUUUGACAGAAAAUAUCACAAUAUGAAAAAAACA